AAGUUAAUGUAAAUGUAUGAACUAGCCCAAAAUAAAUAGGAACCAGCCUACCAUAACAAUAUUUUCAAAGGGUUGUAAAAAACAAAGACGGACUUGAGGUCACAACUGUCUCGUAAGCACACGGUUGGGAGUAGACGUUUGGAGUAGACGUGGAGGUUAGGAAAGCUUGCAAUGGAUUUCUUGGCCGUAUGGACUCUGGAGCCCCCAAAGGUGAAGAUUGAUGACAUCCCAAACUUUUGGAAGCGUAAGAUAGGAACAGCAUUCCGUGCCUACGACAGGAACAACGAUGGAACACUCUGCUACGAAGACUUGAUGGGUAUUGGUGACUAUUUUGUAAAGACAGGCAAAAUGAAUAGGAAACACGCAGAUCUAGUGUACACGUCCCUGAAAAAGACAGCUGAAGGGACGGCCGAUCCUCCAUGUGACAUGGUUACCUUCAUCAGAAACAUCUACGCAAACCUUAUUAAGAAAGACAAGGAGCAAAUAGCUAAGCUGAAUCUCUUUGAAGUGUGGAACAUCUGGUUCAGUGCUCUGGAUGCUGAUGACGACAACUACUUGACCCUUGACGAGUACAAAAUAUUAUGGGAUGGAUUUGGUCUAGAUCCUCGAUUCGCGGAUAUCCAGUUUUCGUGGAUGGAUACGGACGGGGAUGGAAAAGUGAGCCGAGAGGAAUUCCAAGAUGCCUAUCGUGAUUAUGUCACAAAUUUGGACACAGAUGAAAAUAAUAUAAACCGUUUCUUUGGGCCCUUGAUUGAAUUGUAAUUUACGUGUCAUAUUCAAAGAACUGUUGAAUAACAAUUUGACAAUGCUGCUAUAAUAAACAUUAAUAAACUUCACAAACUUCGUGUUAAUCGGUAAAAAAUGAGUAAGUACAAUUGGACCUACAUUUCCAAGUCCCUCAAGACGAUCUUCCGUGAUAUUCUUUGUGGGGUGAACAGUGGCACCUCCUCUAGGUGAAGCUAUUCCCUCACCUGGUUUGCGAUGACCAUUCUCAAUGUCAUCAAU